UAAAACAGUAAAACCUGUGUAAAUAAACCAAAGUCGUACAUAUGGAUAUGUGUGAAACAGGAACAUAGAAGAAACUGAAGGUGAAUAGGGAUAUGAAAAGAGUAAACUCCAUCGAAAAAUUUCGUCAAUGAGAAUGUUGGGUUUGAGUUGCAAAAUACAUAUUCAUGUUCUGAGUCAAUCAUCAAAUUUUGCUUUCGUUCAAGAUAAGCUCUUCUUGUCUUGUAAUUCACUUACAGUCUCACCCAUAAAGACACCCAUUCGUGCUGCUAAUGAUGACAAAACUGUAACUAAUGAAGUUCUUAGUAAAGGGUCAGGAACCACGGCAAGGGGAAGGAGACUUCUCAAGGUUCGAGAAGAGAAGAGGAAAAGAGAAUACGAGAAACUUCACACAUAUCCUGUUUGGGCAAAAGUCCUUGAAAAUGCCUGCAAAGAUGAUGAGGAGCUCCGAGCAGUUCUUGGAGAUAGCAUUGGCAACCCUGAACUUAUGAGAAAACGGGUUGAAGAAAGAGUUAGAAAGACGGGUAGAAAUUUCCAAAAAUCGAAAACUGGCUCUGUUCUUGCAUUCAAAGUCAGCUUUAGAGACUUUAAUCCUCUUGAUUCAUACAUAUGGUUUGAGUUAUAUGGAUCACCAUCUGAUCGAGACGUAGAUCUUAUUGGUAGUGUUAUUCAAUCAUGGUAUGUCAUGGGGCGACUGGGAGCCUUUAAUUCUUCUAAUCUGCAGUUGGCAAAUUCAUCAAUGGAGUAUGAUCCCCUCUAUGAUGCAGAUAAAGGUUUUAAAGUGAUGCCAUCAUCAUUUCAUGAUAUCAGUGAUGUUGAGUUUCAGGAUAACUGGGGCCGUGUAUGGGUAGACCUGGGGACGGCUGAUUUUUUUGCCAUUGAUGUCCUCCUCAACUGCUUCACAGUGUUGAGUUCAGAAUAUUUAGGCAUUCAGCAGAUAGUUUUUGGUGGGCGCCGCAUGGGUGACUGGGAAGAGGGCAUGACAGACCCUCAGUUUGGAUACAAAUAUUUUGAAAUCUGAAGCAAAUUUGGCGUCUGGAUUUCGGGUUUUUUCCUUCUUGUUAUCUUUAUGAAUGUAAAUACCGUCUCUCCGUUGGAAUGAAUGAAUUUUCGUUUAUUAAAGUUGUCUACACAAUUUUAGGUCUCUUAAUUUUUUGCUUCAACCGGAACGAGCCUGUUUGCUAGGUGUCCAAUUUGAUUUGAAUAAGAUUCAAACUCGAGUUUUAACUCGACAACUAGACUCAAAUUAGACUUAAAUUCCUUUUUUGUGACAUUAUUUAUUAGACCGAUGAUACUAUUUAUCCUAUCGAUGAUGACAAUGAAUUUGGUUCAUUAA